AUUGUUGAGGAGCUUGUCCGAUGAUGGCAAGAGAAAGGGGAGGAAAGGAAGGAUGACUCGUUUGCUGCGGAGUCUCCCUCUGGUGCAAUUCGGGUGACGAAAUGAGGCCCAGUGGUCUAUGAGGCUAUGUGGAGGACCAUGAUGGUCAGUCAUGAAUGGGUCGUGAGGGGAUCAUGCCGUUAGAGUCUUGCGCCUUUGCAAUAUACGCCCCGUUCAUGGCCAGCUGCUGUCAUCGUGAGAUUGGCACACAGGAGCUGCGAAUGUUGGGCGCUGCCAAGCAGGUGCUUUUAAAUCAUGGCAGAGUGGUACGUGAUCGAAUCGAUUGUGAUUUUGAGGCUGGGAUAGAUGUUUGAGGAUCCGCGG